GGAGAGGCGAAGCGACAAGGUGUACGGCGGAAAACACAGUUUAUGGGUCAACGUGGCAGCCCUGCCAAGUCCCAGGAUGCCGCUGCUUAAGUUUCUAGGUUAGCUUUCUGGAGGGCUAUUUCAAAUUACUAAAGAGAGUGAUAGGAGCAUUGCUUAUUAUGUCGCUUCCGAAAACGCCUUCCACAUCAGCAUCUGAGGGCAAACAUUUGAAAAUCUCUACAUCCAAGGAAGAGAGAGGACUUCCUGAACUAAGGGAGAAAAAAAGUCUGGUGGAUUGGUCAAAACCCCUUCCUCCUUCCCUUCAGAACCAGUUCAUCCCUGAAGAAGUUCUACUUUCUCUGACCUGUGCAGCCAAUGCUGGUCCUUGUCCUGAGAACUUACUGCCCCCUAAGAAAAUUAAAACCCCAAAGGUUACUCUUCCACGCCGUGCUGACCAUGUUUGGCAUAACCCUAUUCGAAGAAAUAAGUUCAAAUAUCUGAUUGACCAUCCUGUUUCCCUAACGGGAGCUGGAAGGGAUAUUUCGUUUCUCUAUGAUGUUAAAUAUGUGAAAGGAGAGACGAGGGAGAGCGCGGUUUGUCCCCCGCAGAUGGACCGUUCACACGAUGGCGUCAUUGUGCCUCAUAAGCCAAAGAAACUAACAGAUACUUUGAUUCCUGAAGAAUUUCACAUUGUGUCAAACACAGGCGUUUCAGGUUUGGAGUGUUACGAUGACAAAUAUACUACUCUCCUCACAGACAGUGAAAAUAGACUAUUGCUCUUCCCGUCCAUGAAACCUAAUAAAAGAAUAGAAGUGGUCCAGCUGAAUGACGUGAUGGAUACUAUGCUGGAGAGGGCUGGUGUGGACAAUCAGGCCUAUAUAGGCCCAACCAAGAUGCACAAGCUUCUUCAUAUAUUGAAGAAGGAGCAGACCAUUUACAAUACAGUAUUUCAUGAACUUAUUCGACAAGUCAGUGUGGACUGUGCAGAUAGAGGAGAACUACUGUCCAAAAUCAGAGAGCGGUAUGUGCAAAUGCUCGACCAAAUCGCCCGGCAGAUGAUUGACUUCUACAAAGACAUGGUAACUCAGCGAAUGAUGGACCAGCGCAUUUUAGAAGAAUUGUACAAUUUUAAGAAUGUUAUUGAGGAACUGACCAGGGAGCUGUGUCUGGUUCGGGCACAUGAUGUAAAAUUAACAAAGGAAGCAGAGAAGGCCCACAAGGAUUUGGCACAAGCUCUUUUAGAUGCUGAAAAGAAUGCCAAAAUUGUAGAAGAAUAUCAUGACUUAUAUACAUUACAAAGAGGAAGAAUGGAGAGUGAUAUUAAACAAUUAAUGAUGGAAAGAGAUGUCUGGAGCUCAGCCACAUAUGACUUGUCCAUAAAGGUUAUUGAAAGAAAUAAAAUCAUAUUGGCUAAAAGACUUUACCUCAAUGAAAAAGGCUGGAGUAAAUAUGCUAAGCAUUUCAUCAUAUUGCUGUCAACUAAGGAUACUGCAGACCUUGCGCUAUUGCAGAAAUUGACACAGAAGUGGAGAAACUUGGUUAAUAAAUUUAAACAAGAAGUGGAACAAAAUGAAGAGUCUGUAAAGAAGAACUUGCAAAGCAUUAAGGAUGGCCUUGUCAAAUGGCAGCACUUCUUCAGAAAUGAUAGUGGAAAAAACAUUUUAUCCCCUAAUAAAGAAAAUGUAUCUGAAUCAGUUGUUCUAGACUUCAAACAGUGGCUAGAGAUACUGACUGAAGACAAUGACAAGUUUUUUGGGGAUCUUCUAGUGUCAAAAUAUGAUUCUCUAAACAUCAUUAAGCAUUUACAGGAAAACUGGGCAGAUAUUGGGCUUGGGAUAUUUAAUCGCCAUAAAAGUAUGGAGGGGAAGAUACCAUCAGAGCAGAAGCACAUGGAGGAAAUUAUGAAAAGCAUAGCAAGACUCUACAAAGAAUUUGAAAUAAGAAUAAAUGGUGAUAAUGGUCUCUCUAAAAUUCUUCCAAGUUUGAUUAGUUCUCUUGAACUCUGUUCUUUGAAGCUGGGAAGCCUUGUGGAGGUUCCUGAAAUGCUUCUUGAGGAAUGGGACAGACUUAAUGAAAAAAUUGAUGAAAUGAAAUCUCAGUUGGAUGCAUUGUUAAACAUUAUUGGUGCUGUUCCACAGUACAUAGAUGUGGAUUCUGGCUUGGUACUCCAAGCACAUGUAUCUAACACGAUUCAACAGUGGCUUUUGAAGAUAAGCAAUGAGAUUAACAACGGUAACAUGGAACUUCAGCGCCAAAUGGAUGAAUUGCAUAUACCCAUGAUCCAGUGGAUGGUAAAUUUGCUUAUUUUAAUGGUACCUGACUUUCCUGAUCCAGACACUGUCAUAAAGUUGGAGGAGAAAAGUGCUGAACACCGUGACCUAGGAGUUGCAAAGCUAGAGCUAGAUGCAAUUGCCCUGACAAAAAAGUUGUCCCAAUACUCCAGCUACUUGAGCAGUUGUUGCAAAGACAUGGUAGCAGCUAUGACACCGAGUAAAGCAAGUCACUCAGGAAAACAUCCUAGCAAGGAGCUUAAUGACCUGGAUGAGAUGAAGAGAGAAUGCUAUGAAUGGAUCACCACGUGCUCUCACCUCCUUUCUGGCCUCAAAGGCAGAAAAAUAAAGUUAUUGACACGUGAAGAAAAACGUCACCUACUUGGAGAAGGGGACACUGCAAAAGAAUUACUUGAGUCUGAAGCAGACAAGCCCCUUAAACAUAAAGAAGAAAAUAUGGAGGAUAAGAAACUUGAAGUGGAAAAGGAAGAAGAGAAAGCAGAAGAGAAACCUUCCGCAUCUACAGAGAAGGAAAAACUAAUUCGAUACAUUGGAGUAGAUGAGAAUGUUCAUUCGCAGCCUCUAUUUGGAACAGAUAUAUUGUCUUCCUGGAGAGAAUCAGCUGAUCAAGGUACAUUGGCCCCAGAAUAUCUUGAAGUAAUGGCUAUCAUUGAACACAUGCAGGAGAAGAUAUUAGAGGUUGAAAGCAGAGCCAGGGAAGCAGAGGAGAAGUUCGAUGAUGUAAACGAACAACUUCAUUAUACGCUUAUACGAAAUAAAGAACUGGAGAAAGAACUGGAGGAAAUAUGGAUGAAGCAUAAAGAGAAGGAGUCUGAAGGAGAAGAAGAAGAAAAUGAAAGAGAAGAAGAAAAAGAAGACGACGAGAUAAGGCCAGGAGAAAGAGCCUCAGAGUCUCCAAAGAAAGAGACACAGAGGAAGGAGAGUUCUAAAUCCAAAACCCGAACUAAACCCCCUUCCAGGAUGAAAUCCAAAUAGCAGCCAGAUGCUGGGCUUCACCACAGCUCCCCUCACUGAACUCAGCCCCGAUAUCUCUGCACUUUUGAGCUGACAGUGUGGCUUGAUUGGAGGGACUCCCUUUGCAGCAGCUUCCGGAAAAGCCAUGACAGACAAGUCAGGGGCAUUUUCUCUUCAAAAAUCACAGUGAUGGCUGUAGGGAAUGGAUGCAUUAGUUUAUUUCCAAGAUUAAAAAUAGCUUGUGCAAA